AACUGGAUUCUGAAUCGUGAGAGGCUUUGAAACACCACCCCCGCCCCCCAAAUAAAACAAAAACCUUUGACUUCUUCUCUCGGCAGGAGGGGGAGGGAGGGCGGAUUUACCAUGAAGACAAAUCGAAGAUGCAGAGCCCUGCUAGCAGUGAGUCUGAAUCUGAUGGCUCUCCUCUUCUCUACAACAGCUUUUAUCACGACCCACUGGUGUGAGGGCACGCAGAGGGUCCCCAAGCCGAGCUGUGGGAAAGAGAAGAAGACAAACUGCCUCAACUACAGUGGGAAUGAGACUGCCAAUGAGACAAACCAGAAUGUGGUUCAUUACAGCUGGGAGACGGGAGAUGACCGCUUCCUUUUCAGGUAUUUCCACACUGGGAUCUGGUACUCCUGUGAGGAAAAUAUCAAUGCUGCUGGUGAAAAAUGUCGAAGUUUUAUUGACCUUGCUCCGGCUUCUGAAAAAGGUGUCCUGUGGUUGUCAGUAGUAUCUGAGGUGUUAUACAUCAUGCUGUUAGUCGUCGGAUUCAGCCUUAUGUGCCUCGAGCUCUUUCAUUCAAGCAGUGUAAUAGAUGGGCUCAAGUUAAAUGCCUUUGCUGCUGUCUUCACUGUGCUUUCAGGUCUCUUGGGGAUGGUGGCACACAUGAUGUAUACUCAAGUGUUCCAAGUGACAGUGAGCCUUGGGCCAGAGGACUGGAGGCCACAUUCAUGGGACUAUGGAUGGUCCUUCUGUCUGGCGUGGGGUUCUUUCACCUGCUGCAUGGCGGCCUCCGUUACUACCUUGAACUCUUACACUAAGACUGUCAUUGAGUUCAGACACAAGCGCAAAAUCUUUGAGCAGGGCUUUCGAGAAGAACAGAACUUCCUAGACCAGGAAGCCAUCAAGUACUUCAGAGAAAGGACUGAGGAGGAGAGGGCUGAGGCUGGGGACCUGAGGUUACAGUGCCUCCAUAGCUGCUCCCCAAAUAGGCUUCACAACACCCAGCUCUAAAUGUCACUAGCACACAGAGGAACGGGAGUGACCAUAAUGCUCAGAAAAUACCCCCAUUUGCUACGUCAAGCUCUUCUAGCAACAUAUCAAGCAGCUCUUCACUUUCAUCAGAACCGACCUGCCAGAUCUCCAUGGUUCAGGAUCAAACCCAGCUGGACAUUGUUUCCAUCUCUAGGUUGGCCCCAGGAGAAUCACCAAGCCCUCAACCACUUAAGCAAAGAAAUAAAAACUUAGCAAUAUCAUGUUCCAGCCAACUCGGUACAAGGACUCCUCCAGCAUCUUGCCCAGCCAGCCCCAGGCUCAGUCUAACACCCAGCUCAGCCAAGCCUCAGCAAUACUCGGACUCCUCUCCAGCCAGUCCAGGGACCAAUGCUGCUUCCUUCUAUGCCUUCUGUCCUCAAACAGCACACAGCUUGGAAGCUUCAGCAUCAGAUUACACAUUGACCCCAACCAGGAAAAGCACAAGGCCUCCAACGACUCCUGAAGAUAGUUCCCAAUCUCCUGGCUCUUCUAAAACUGGAUUAAGAACUAUAGGAAAGGGGUUUCAAUCACAUCUGGAAGAUCCUGAUCAUGAAAGGUAAGUAUCCAGACUACACAAUUUAAGAUCUCAAAUGAUUAUCAAACAAUUUAAAUAUCUUUUAUAUUUACACGUUUCCAGUGUUUGUUUUCCUGUAAUUACCUUAUAUUUCCACUAUAUCCUGCAAAAAGACCAUAUUUUCCAUUCAUUUAUUUAGCUGUCUGGACGUGAAUGAAGAUCAUGCCCAGGCCAGGUUGCUACCCUCAGCUCUUUGCACAGGGCAGUUUAAAUUUGGUCUCCCUUUCAAAUGAGAAACCAUCUCUCCCCACACUAUUAACAGCCACUUAGGAAGCAAAACCAUCAUGAUACAGCUCAGUGGCAGUGGUGUCAUUACAGUAGAGCCAUAGAAUCAUUAAGGUUGGAAAAGACUUCUCAGCUCGCCAAAUCAACCACAGCCCACCCCACUGUGCCCACUGACCACCUCCUCAGUGCCGCAUCCCCACAGUUCUGGAACACCUCCAGGGACGGUGACUCCCUCACUUCUCUGGGCAGCAGUGCCACUGUGUCACCACUGUUUCUUAGAAGAAACUGCCCCUAAUAUCCAACCUGAACCUCCCCUAGCGCAACGCGAGGCCAUUACCUCUCAUUCUGAAUUAUAUGAUCAGGCUCCCAAUCCCUGCAGCAGAGAAAAUACACUGUUCCUAUGAAGUUUGAGAAAUAAGGGUUGGAGAGGGCAUUCAGUCACAUGGCAGGUGCCUCCCCUUCCCAAACCUCAGGUUCCAUACUCUGGCCCCAUGCAAGUCAGACUGAUUUCACCCCCACUGAGCCGCUGAGUUCCACACUGUGUCCACCACUUCUCUUGGCAGGAGAUUUGUAACCACAGAGGAAUUCCAAGCCAUGGAGAAAGAACUAGAAGAUGUAAAAGAUGAACUGAAAUGCUUGAAGUGGAAAGUGAGACACAUUGGUGAGACUGUGCAGCCCCUGGCAGAAGACAGCAAGCGCUACAACGGCUACACCCUGACAGAGCUCAAGGCAAUGGUGCAGUCUGAGGAGGAUCCUUACAAAGCUGCACACAAAAUCCUGACUGCACUCUUCAGUGAUGUGUACUUGCUGCAGCACUCGGUCACUGAACAGGCAAGCAACGCCAGAUCUCUGCCCAAGCCCAAAAUAGACCCAGAGUUGUACACAGUGUAUUGUGACAUUCUGAAAAGCAUAUUCCCUGGAAUUAGCAGCCAGACCUUGAGGGAACAGACACAACACAUGCAGAAAAGCACCCAGAAAGAAGUGCACUAACAUCAGCAUCCACAAAACCUUCUGCAAAGCGAGAAGUCCCGUACUGCUUUUGAGCACUGGACAGUGGUGUGUACUGCUGGUUGAGUCUCUCCCUUCUAGGAAGAAAUCAUCUGUAACACCUUGGUGAGCUCUGAGCCCUUCACGUCACCUGAUGAGACAGGGUGGGAAAACGUUCUGCAUACUUACCACAUUUUAGAAAAAAAAUGCCCCCUUAGUGUCUCUUUCUAUACAUGGAUGUUUCCUUGUUUCCAGCAACUACAAAUGCUGCCAAAAUAAUUGAAACAAGGCAUCAUGUGCUCAAGCAAGGGCCUCCCCAACCCCAAACAGACCUACCAACCAACCAGCAUCUGGGUAGUUUCUAUUUUCUAGACUAUAUCAUUCAUUAAAUGACAUUACUUGUUAGAAAA